AUGUCAGAUCACGAAUUCGUUAAAAGCCAACGGGGAAGAAACUUUCUACACAAAGAGGGUUACAUCUAUGUACGAGAUCGAAUCACAGCCGAUACCAUCUAUUGGAAGUGCGAACAAUAUAAAAGCGGCUGCAAGGGUCGUGUUAUUGAGAAAGGCCCUUUAGUGAAGACCAAAGGGAGUCACGAUCACGCCGGUACGCCCGAAAAAUUGGAAACUAGGAAGGUUCUACAAGCUAUAAGACAAAAAUCUAGAACAUCAGUGGAGCCGCCCCAGGCACUUAUAUCCGAAGCAACAGCUAGUACAAGCGAAGUAACUAGGACUCAUUUGCCUUCAAUUUCUUGUAUGAAAAGGACGAUCAGAAAUAUCAGAAUAAAGGAAAAUGAAUUUCCUUCGGUUCCAAUUAGUAGGAACGAGCUCGUGCUACCUGAAAAAUUUAAAUUAACACCAAAAGGUGAGAAAUUUUUAUUGUUCGAUUCUGGGACAGACAACGAUGAUGAAGAGGAAGCCCGAUUUCUUAUGUUUGGAACCGAAGAAAAUUUGAGACUACUCAGUAUAUCGCAGUACUGGUUCGCAGACGGGACAUUUAAAACGGUGCCCCAUUUUUUUCACCAAUUGUACACAGUGCACGGAAAAGUUGGGGAAAUUGUUGUUCCACUGAUUUAUAUUUUAUUGCCCAACAAGCAGAGAGUGACGUAUGUUAGAUCGUUAAGACAUCUCAAAGAAUGUAUACUGUCAUUUGGCAACGUUUCGUUACGUAAAAUCGUAAUGACAGACUUCGAAGUGAGCCUUAUCAGCGUAGUGAAGGAAGUCUUCCCAGAUGCAAAACAUUACGGCUUGAAGAAGAAAUAUGACAGCGAUCCCGAAUUCCAGCGGAAAGUCAAGCUUUUGGAAGCUCUAGCUUUUGUCCCUGUCAAUUUUGUCGAAAGGUCGUUCAACAUAAUUCUAGAGCAAAAUAUAUUACCGGUUCAAAUGCAGAAUUUUGUUGACUAUUUUGAAGAUACGUGGAUUGGAAAAUUUGAACGACGAACCCGCAAUCCUCCAAUGUUUCCGUACACCAUGUGGAGCUGUUAUAGCAAUAUAAUUCAUGAGAUGCCAGUGACUAAUAACAUUGUGGAAGGGUGGAAUCGAGGAUUCCUCUCGCAAAUGAGAAGCGAAAAACCGUCCGUGUGGAAUUUUCUCGAUACCAUUCAACGAGAACAAACCACAACCGAGCUCAAAAUUAGCAGGGAAAGAACGGGAGAGAGAAUGCUGAAGAAAAAAUACAAGAACCCAAAUACUAGGUUGCAAAAUGUAUGUUCAGAGUUCGACGAACUUUAUAGUGACGAUGAAAUUGAGCAGUAUCUGCGAAGGAUUUCUUUAAUUAUCUAA